AUGGCAGCACCGGACAAUAUAAUUGUUGGUUCUCAUGUUUGGGUCGAAGAUCCUGUUUUGGCUUGGAUCGAUGGUGAAAUUACUCGCAUAAAUGGCAAUGAGGUUUAUGUUAAUACCGCAAAUGGAAAAAAGGAUGCUAAAGUUUCAGGCCAGAACAAGCAGUCCUCGUAUCUAAAAGAAAUGGAGAAACUUGCAGUUGCCUCAAACAUAUCAAAAGUGUUUCCAAAGGAUACAGAGGCCCCUCCUGGAGGGGUGGAUGACAUGACGAAGCUUUCAUAUCUACAUGAACCUGGAGUUCUGCAAAAUCUAGCUACUAGAUAUGAACUUAAUGAAAUCUAUACAUACACGGGCAAUAUCCUGAUAGCAGUUAAUCCGUUUCAAAGAUUGCCUCAUCUGUAUGACACGCAUAUGAUGGAACAGUAUAAAGGAGCAACAUUUGGGGAGCUAAGUCCUCAUGUCUUUGCUGUUGGUGAUGCUGCAUACAGGUGA